AUUUCCCUGGCAUUUCUUCUSAUAUACAGCAUUGCAUCGUUGGCCGUCAAUGCUUUUUAUUAUCUGUACAAAUCCAGGAAAGCAGGRUACAUAUUCUUUGCGCUGAUGCCACCGAUAUGCUCGGUGUAUCCUCUCUGUUUAGCCGCCUGGGURACGAAACAAUACAAAUGGUAUCUAGCGGUGGUUGUAAAGGCAUGGGCAGAACGUCCCGAGAGUUCAGACGAAGAGGAAGAAAGCGGGUCAGACCGACCACGUCACAAAGACAAACAUAAAUCGUUCGGCAGGAAAUUCACCAAACGAGUGAAAAGUGCAGGAAGGAAAGAUGACGCUGAGGAUGGCAAGCCCCGCAGAAGAAGCAUUUUCAAGCUUGCAAAGCCACAGGGAAGCGAGGCACUCUCUGAUAAAGACAACGAUCCUGGGAAAAAGGUCAAGAAAGAAACGCGUCGAGGUAGCCUUUUUGUCCGUUCUAAGCCAUUAUCAGGUGGUUCGUAUUCGGAUACUGAGAGUUACCCAAUGAAGAAGAAGAAGGAAAAGCCCAGGCGAGGAAGUCUCUUUGUAAGGCCAAAGUCUGCAAAAUCUGCCAGUUCCUUUGAAAACGAAGGCUAUUCUCGGGAGAAGRGGAUCUUYGAAGAACUUUCACCAACUAAGAACACAUUUAAGAUUCACAAAGAUGAUGAAACACUAUSUGUCAGUGAAACAGAGAAGAUUUCCGACAUUGAGACAGCAAAUCAGAAUUUAAAUCGAUUAAAUUACAAUUCAGAUAACAUUGAUCCUCUUCAGAAUACCGAAAAUAUACCGAGUUUUAGACCACCGAAUAGACUGGAGCCGUUGCCUAAAACAACUUCACCAAGCAAAAACAAAGAAUUGACAAAAAACGACGAAAUYCCGAAAGACAUCCCACAAAACAUGGCAUCACAAAAUAGGCUAAAACCAAUCGGUGUAAGACGACCUGAUAGCGAAGACGAGGCGACAGACGACGAUAAUCAACCUAGAACGGAUAACGCAAAACCGAACAUAGACCGACAGAAUAUCGAUCGAAAUAGACUAAAGACAUCACCCAUUACAGAACCAAUCAGCGAAGAUGACGCGACCGAUGACGACMAUAACCCGAAUGAAACCGAAAGCAAACGGAAGGCAAAACGACAAAGGGUGAUGGAGCUUAUCUUACGAGGAACAGCAAGAGCAGUAGGACGACUGCAACAUCGCGCUAAAUUACCGAAGUUUAACUUCGAGAAAUACAUUUCSUACCUACAAAACGUUUUACCUACAGUAGGGUUCAAGAUAAUGGGAAUUACRGUAACAUGGGAAAUGGUUUCAACGUUGCUUUUUCUAGAGGUUUCUCUUUUAGCACUGUUCUUGCAGGAAUCCAUAUUUGGAAACCAGACAGCCCAAGUUUCUUUGUAAAAGUUUCCAUGACAACAAUGACAUCAUUCAGUUACCAUGGCAAUGAACUCAAUGAACAAACAAUGCACKUAGAAUAUGUUCACAUUUGAGAUAUAUCAAAGAAAUUUCAUAAAAUAUCAAAUAUUUUUGUAGAAAAAGGCGAUUGAAUUUUUUAGGAAAGAAGAAUUGUAUAAAUACGCGGAAUAAUAUCAAACGAAUAAAACGAWAUUUGUUUGCAUUUGA